UUUAAAAAAGGAAAAGGGGGUGAAAUUCUUUGUAUCAAAACCUACGGCUGAGUACUGAGUUGAAUUAUUAUUGCAGUAACCGUCUUCUCUUCUCUUCCAUGCCAUCGACGAAUUCGUACUGCUUUCUCUCUCUAGAAUCUCCGUUCAUUUUCUCUCUCUUCAGGAACCGUUGCUGCAGGCACAAGCACACCGGUUCUGCUCGCCGGAAUUUAAUGGAAAUCCGCCGCCGGUCACGGCUCAGAUAGGUUUUUUUUAUUCUCCGUUUUUGAUUUUGAAAAAAAAUUAAAUUAAAUUGGUGUUUUGAGAGAAGUGUUGAUUUAAUUGCUUUGGUGGAUUCGACGGCGCCGUUUUGGAGAGUUUUUGGUAGUGCUUGCUUGCUUGGUUGCUAUGACUUCUACAGUUCCGCCGUCGAAGUCUCAGCCGCUGCACAAUUUCGACUUGCCGAAUCUCAAAUGGAAAAAGGACGGACACGCCACCGACCACCACCACAACCACCACCAACGCCGCCGCUCAAUCAAAUCUCCGUCGCGGAGGGCUAAUACUUCCUCCGCCUCUCCCGUUCGCCAAUCGCCGUUGCGAGAUUCCGUCUCGGCGACGCCGCCGCGACUUCAGUCUCCGUUGGGGGACUCUGGUGCGCUGCCUUCGCAGGAUUCUCCGGCUCACGGCGAUUAUUCGACGAAUCGGUCUCCGAUUCGCGGAGAAUCGUCCAAACCGCCUCCGAUUCGAGAGUGGACGAAACGGUCGCCGGUGGUUGGUGGUGAACCGGAGAGGCCGUCGUUGUUUCGCAGCCAAGCUGUGCAGGAGUCUGAGGGUUUGAGGAAGAGCGAAUCUGCGUCGGUCGAGUACCCUAGAAAUAAUUCUAGGGAUUUUGCUUUUGAUAGCAUAAGGAAUGGGGUUUACUCAUCAACUGCCGAACAGAUCCAGGAAAAAAACAGGAAAAAAUCCAAGGCAACAGAAAUCGAUGCAUCCGGAACUAAGAGAUCGAAGAUCUUCAUAAAAAUUCCUGUAAGAACAACAAACUAGACGAAGAAAAUCCACAGGAAGAACCACCGAAGAUCGACAACAAUGGCGAAUAUGGUGAAACUUGCGAGGUGCGAGAAGAGGGAAAGAUUGAUAACCACAUCGACGAAGAAACCAAGACCUGGAAUUUGAGGCCUCGAAAGCCCUUAUGCAAAAGACAGAGUGUAAAUGUUGUUGCAGAGAAAGGUAACUAUUCUAGAAUGCCCGAAAAGAAUAAAUCUCCGUCCCCGUUGAUGGAAGCAGAAAGAUCGGGCGAAAAAGAAGGGGAUUGCGGUGGUGAGAAAAAAGUCUGCGGUGGUGGUGGUGAGAAGAAGGGAAAGAGAAAGCUGAGCAUUUCAAUUGCUUUAUCGAAACAAGAGAUUGAGGAAGACAUUUAUUCUCUGACUGGAUUAAAGCCAGCAAGGAGGCCUAAAAAGAGAGCCAAGAACAUACAGAGGGAGCUUGAUUUUGUGUUUCCUGGACAGUGGUUGGUUUCGAUAACUCCCGAUUCUUACAAGGUAUCCGAAAAUUCGCUCAAGGGUUAGAUGCUAUCAACACGAAGAUGAAUGAAUAUGCCCCUCAAAUGUGUUGUUUGGAAGAUUUAAGGUACAAUCCACAGAAUCCACAGUAACUUGCAUUGUGAAGGGGAAACGAAAAACGAGUGUUCUUGUUAGUGUUAAGGUUUAUUUUACUGCUUUUGCUAUUUCAUGCUGGUGUCGAGCACCUGAGAAAACCUUUUUUUUUUUUUGUUUUUUGUUAGAAAAUAUAUCAGUAGAUGCAGUUGUAAAUAUGAAUGUUUUUAAGAUUAUCAUUUAUUUACAUUACUCAUUUGGUGUU